AUAAUGAGAUAUUGUGCUGAACUGAAACCCGCAGUUAAUGCUAAAUGUUUCUAUAAUGCGUGAUAAUAACUUUCUGCUUAUCCUGUCUUUAAGCAAACGCUCCUUACAACCAAGUGAACUUGUCUGUUUGCUGCUGCCCUUAAUCUAUAAUUACUGCCAUGUUUGCAUUUGCAGGGCAGCACAAGAGGCAACAAAAUAUGUACUCCCAUAAAACAAACAUGUUAUACACUUUGCAAAACAAAUAUGUGUCUGGGGAGAUGAGGAACAACCUCCCCAACUUAACAGAUAAUUUGCAGAGAAAUGUGUUCUGAAACAGGAAGUUUAUUACGCGGCGGAACCAUUUCAUAACGAGCAAGCAACAUGCUGCGGAAUCUAUUUUGAAAAGGACCUACGGUAGACUUUCUUCAAAUACAUAGGGAAAAAAACAGUGCAUCUGUUGUAAGUGUCGGUUCUAACUAAGGCAUUGUGGAGUAAAAGUGACAUGGAUGGACGCAAGAGGUUCUCAUUCCCCUGCCAACAACGAUAGUAUGGAAACUAUUGAAGGGAAUGGAAUGUUGACUACGGUGCGGUCGGGCCCCAUUCUGAGUCCGGCUGAACUUUUUGCAGCCCGAACUCGGGACCACAAACUUCCUAUGCGUGCACAUGGCCAGAAAGAUUUCUUUCCUGACAGUUCAGAAGAGCAGGCGGAGAAACUGCGUCUGUGUCGUGAAGAGCAGUGGCAGCUGCUGGGUGAAGAAAGAGUUCAGCGCUUAGGAAGUCUGAUAAAAGCCAAAUGGAAACCAAAAGCAAAGAUUGUGAAGCUGAAGUCCCCAGCGGGUAAGUUCUGGCACACAAUGGGCCAUACGGAACAUGGAAAACAACUCCUGUACCCAGAAGAGGCUCUUUAUCUGUUGGAAUGUAGUUACAUCAGUUUGCUUUACCAUGGCCUACCACUGUCCAUUCAGGAGGCCUAUGAGACCUUAUUGUCUCCUCAGACCAUUUCAUUACAGCAGUAUCAGGUAUACAGCCACUUGAAGAGAAUUGGAUACAUUGUAAUAAGGUUUGAUGCCAGCAUGGUUGCAACUACUUAUGAGAAACGGUUAAAUCUGAAUCCUCGUGAUAAGGACUCAGGCAACGUCACCGCAAGAGGAAACGAAAACUACGUGCCCAGAAGUGAACACCGGGGCAAAGUAGUCCUUGAAUCCAGAUUUUACAAACACCUAAACGAGAUAUCCAAUCCUUCCUGGUUUUCACUUGAGGAGACGAACCUAACUGAUGUCAACGGAGCGACUGUGAACACACAGGCUCUGCAUCAAACGCUAGAUGACAUCGAGAAGGAGUUUUUCAAACUAAAACGUCUGCAGGCACAACGAGUACAUUUCCAGUACUGUUUAGACCACCACAUUGUGCCUCGUGGUCUGAGGGUGUUUUGUAUGCCCAGCCAGGGGGAUGAAUUUCCGGAGCUUUUAGCGCGCUGGCAACGCAUAAACUUGGAGACCAGUCGUGAGUAUUUAAAUCUCUUAAUAGACUAUUUUGGUCCCAAGGAAAAGAAACUUGCUAAUAGUAUUGACAUGAAACAGAAGCAAUUGUUUAAAGACUUUCCAGAAACUGUUGUGUACCCUUUAUUUGAAAGUUUAUUAGACAGUGUCUCAGCCUAUGAUCGAAAGUUACUACAACAGAAGAAAAAUAAAGUACUACGCGAUUUUAACGACUUUAAAUCAGGCCAUGUCUUUACUUGGCCAAGGCAUGGCAAUAAUAGACUUUUUUCUAAUGUGAAUGAGGGCCAAGAAACUGAUAGUAAUGCCCAUACUUUGCAAACUAGAAAAGGAAAUGGAGUAAUUGAUCUCUCUGAAACUAUUAUUGCUAAUAAGGAUGUUUCCCACAUUUUGAAUGUGUCUAAUAGCUUAAAUACAUCUAACAAUACAAAUAUUAAUAGUAGUAAAACUAUUUGUGCAAAUGUCGCUGUACAGCAUGGUUUUAGAUCUGAACAAGCUUCUGACAUUGUGAUUAAUAAUAAUAUGACUGAUGUGAUGAUAGAUGAAUCUUGUAAUGAUUCUAAUGAUGUGAAUAAGACUAAUAUAGAUAGAACGAAUCAUUUGAAUAAAGAAGGCUUUACAUUUAAGAACCUUAGUGAUUAUGUACCCUCGAACCAUCCCUUAGUGGAAGCCUUUAUGAAAGUAACUGAAGAGGAGCUUUAUAAAUAUUAUGAUACUAAAAAGUUUAACAAACUUAAAAGAUCUGAUAACUUGACAUAUAAUGAGAGAGUGCCUGAUUUUUUCACAGCUGAAAAUAAGAAAUCUAGCAAAGCCCUUGUUCUUUUCUGUAUUCCUUCUCUUUUAUCUAAACUGAUCAUCCAGAGAGCUACUAUGAUUACCUCUUUUGCAAGCCAGCUACCAUUAAACAAGUCUCAGGAAGAACAACAAAUGGAAGGAAUGUCUGAUGAUGCAGUAAAAGAAGGUAGUCACUCAGAACUAAUGCAGGUGGACCCUGCAAGUGAGCAGUCAUAUACGGAUCAGUUAAUCGCACAAAAGUCUAAUCAUGUGUCAGCAGAUAAGUGUUUGGGUUGGAUGGAGGUAAAAGCAGAAAGCCAGAGUGAUGAUAGAAUGGAAUCCAAAGGAGUGGAGUCCUCUGUAAGUGAAAGUGAUGAACAAAAGAAUUCUAGAGCAUUAGACUUAUUGUACGGCACACCAGAACAUGCUGGGGCAUCCACAUCAGUGUCUCUGAAGCAGAGCUUUAAACCAGCCCUGCAGUUAAAGUGGGACUUCACACAAAUCAUUUUUCCAAAUAUGGCUUCAGAUAAUACAGUGAUGAUUUUAAAACAACCUGCAAGUGUCCUUCUCCCAGAUAAUGUUAUUGGGCGGAAUUGUGAUAUCAGUAAGUGGUGCAGAAAAAUAAAUCAGAAGCGAGCGAAGCUGUCAAGGAGGGAGCGAAAACAGCUUGAGAGGGAAACACGAUACAAACGGGACAUAAACGCAGAUGAGAAGGUCAGGCAGUGCUCCAGCUGGAAAGAGUACAAAGAGCUUCUGCAGAGGAGGAGGAGGAGGAGAAUGAAGGAGAAGCUACCUGACCACUUGUGGAUGGACAGUGUCACUCCUCUCAUUAAACCUGGUCAAACCACAUCAGUAGAAAACCUGCUUGGAAAGAUUGGAAUUCUACAGUCUUCACAUAUUUUAGAUGGUGCAGAAAGACUUCAGGAUGACCUAGGAUCUUGGAAGAUCGAUUUUGAUGUUUACCAGGCUGACAGUGUCGGACAGUUUCGGAAGAGCAACCCAGGAAAACCAUACAGCAGAGUUUGUAUUUGCAGCAUUGAUGGACCCAUCCCAGACUUACUGACUCUGAAGAAAUUAUCAUAUCAGAGUGGAGAUGUUCCAGUUUUGUUUGCACUGGUGGACAAUGGUGAAAUUUCUUUUUAUACUUUCAAAGAAUUUAAACUUCCUACUGAUGUAUACCACUGAAGUUGUGAUGGACAGAUGAGCUGUGGGAUCAGCUCACUAAACCGUACCAGCCGUAUCACUGAACGAAACAGCUAACAGUAAUACCUUGUAUUUCCAGUACUGAAUUUGACUUUGGCCUCUCAUUAGAUGAAUUAGCCUUCUAUUGUUCUCCCAUGGGUUUGUGCUACAAACAUGCCUUAAAACUAAUUAAUAACAGUAUUUGUUUAGUUGUUUGGUCAGUCUUUUUUUUUUUUUGUUUGCUUUGGAGUGAGUGAGAGUGGUUUUGUCUUGCACUAUGUUGCUUUGGCACUGUUACACUAUGCUUCUGCUGCCACUCUUCUCAGCUGCUGCAUUGUUUUGUUAAUUUCACUGAACAUGGUGUCUACCAGCACCCCAUGUUCCUCUACUGAUGUUGGUGUAGUAGAGUCCAUUGAUCUUGAGUCCUUCCAUAUGUGUCAUGUUUCUCUGGUUUGGAUCAGUAUGAUGGUAAAAGUUUGAUUGUCUGGUGUUUAGUGUACAUUUUCUUUGCCUAGGAAUUUGAUUCCUAUAUCCAUCUUCCUUGAAUAAGAAGGACUUGCAGUCAUAUCAUGGAACUAAGUGUACUUCUGCAAACAUAUUUUGAUGUUGCAGAAGAAGUCUGGAUCCUUAUACCAAGUAUUAGCAAAACAGGUGGUCUUUCUAACUUGUACCCCUCUGUCAUGCAUUGUCCCACAUGCAACAAGGGUGUUUCUUAUGAGCACAUGCCAAGGACAGCAUCCCCACAAAAAAAGAAAAAAAUUGUAAAAAAAAAAUGUGGUGACACAAACUUAGCUGCUAGUGUUCAUUCUGUCUGUGAGAAAGUUUCCUUAUUCCUUUUUUUGUUUGUUUUUUACAAGUAAGAAGAAAAGUGCAUACAUCAAAGACAGCUUGUAUGCAUCAACUGCUAUUUGCCACAUGUGAAGUAUGACAAGUGCAGCUUUGAGGAAACCAUCGGUUCUCUGAACCAAAUCAUAUGGAGUGUUUUAGUUGUGCAUUUGUUUAAGGAAAUUAUUUACCGUAAUAAGUGGAACUUAAAAAGAAUGAAGGUUAAGGAAAAGAUGAAGGUGAAUUCUGACUGAGCUUGUAAUAAAAUAAUUGUAUUUAGUUUUAAUUCUGUUCUCAACCUAUUGCAAUCAACUUAACUUUUUUAUGUUCUCAUACUGGGGAAAAUUGUAUUUCACCCUAAGAAUUAUUUUAACCUUUAUUUUUCAGCUCUCUGAUUUGGAAUGCUGAUGACAGUGUUUCUUGUAAUUUAUGGUGGAAGGUGGUAUCAGCUCCAUGAGUUAGAAGAGCUACCUCAGCCACACACAACAGAAGGGAAAGCUAAUUAAAUCAUGCAAAGCCAGGCUGUUAUAAAAUGGAGAGAGAGAAAAAAGAAAGGAUUGUAAAAGUUAAUGAGGAAGUGGAUAAAAGAUCCUAAAAAGCUUAAGCCCUUCUCCAGUCCAUUGGAGGAAACAUCUUUACAUCACUCACUAUGUGGGUACUAAGCCGUUCAUGAAGGUGCAUAAGCGGAAGUUGUCUGUGUUGAUUCAGCAUUUUGUUAAAUUUAAGAAUGUUGCCAGUCUUUCAACACAGAAAGCUUUAUAUUAUGUUUAAUAUAACACUUGCUGUAAUGCACAAAACUAAUUGUCUUUUUGCAUGUAUAAAUGCUUUCCAUAAAAGUGACUGUUCUUUUCUGUGAUUUCAGGUCUUGAUGCUUUGGUUUUCUCAGAUUAAUGUCUACUUAAGCAGCUUGCAUUGAUAUGAAUGUACUAUUUUUAAUUUUACAUCUGUUUGUUUAUUGCAUCUUUAUACUUCAUACACUAAGGGACCCAAUAGUUUCAAACAUAGAAUGGCCCCUCCCAGUUGCUGUUUCAAGGUCCUAUCAAAGUGAAGCAUUUAAUUAUUAUCUUUUGUCCCUUUUUAACUGAACGGCCUUUUCUUCAUUUGCUGAAGGUGCAUACAAGUCUGUAUGUUGCAAACAUGCUAACUUCAGUUAUUGAGUCUUAUAAUUGUUUUAGCCAUGCUUGGCAUUGGGCUGCUGUGAUUUCUGGUCCACCGUGUAACUGGGAGGAGUAAAUGGCAAAUGCAGUGGCAAGGUUCUUCCUGUCAAAUAAAAUCCCUGUCUUAGUUUUAGUUGUGGCCCGUAUGUCCAUGAGAAUAGGGUGAUGUGCUAUCUAAUUUGAACUUUUUUCUAUGCAUGGCUUUUUAGUGUCUCUCUGAUUGUUCUGCUCAUUUGUUCUGCUAUGCCAGUGGAUUGACAAGGUAAGGCACAUGAAAUCUCUGCUUUAUGCUAAGCAGAUUACAUAUUUCUUGAAUCACAUGACUGGUGAACAGUGGCCCUUUGUCAAAUUAAUUUAUAUGAGAUCAUCCACAAUGGAAAAAGACAUGUCCAUAAUGCUGAUGCAGUUGUCUUUGCAGUGCAGGUUUAGGUAGAAAUUGCUUCUAUCCUUUUAGUAAAGGUGUGUACUAUUACUAGUAAAUAAUUGUAUCCCCUUUUUUUGAACAUUAUUCCAGGGUACUUCUGAAACUAGAACUGUACGUAACUGUGGUUUCUUGAUAACUGGGUUUAUUUGCAAGCAUACAAUGUUUUUUUUCAUCAGUAUGUUUGCAAAGAGACUUUAACUGAGGAUUCUAAAAUGUAUGAAUUACUGAAGGCCAUAGGUUUUUAUAUGCUGUGAUUUCAUGAUUAAACUUCAGUAACUGUUUGGCCAGUGCUGUUGGGGUACAUAUGGCAAUUUUUUGUCUGAUCUGAGUCAUAAGUGUGUACAUUUCAAUUUCUGAACCUAAAGGAUGUAAUGCACAUUUAGCUGAAUCUUCAGCUACUCAUUGUCUUUACUGGAUUUGCAUUAAGUCUUGUACCUCACCAGAUUCACUGUCCAGUUCCUCAGUGAUAAUGAAUACAAAUGCAGGUUUUCUGUAGAAAGAAACUACCUCUUUUGCUUGUUUAGCCGCUGUCUGCAUUGCAUUUUGAAGUGUUCAUUAUUUCCUACUACCUGGUGCACUUUUACUUUGCAUCAACUCUGUGUUCCAAGAUUGUUGUAACCCAUGGAGCAGAGUUGUUUUAGUACUUCUGUAUGUUGCAAGAGUUUGUUAUUACUAACCAUAAAUCCACUUCUUUCCCAAACUGAAAGGUAUAUUGUCAAUGCUGUUACCACAUAAAAGCGGUCACUGAUUAUGUUAGCCCUUUAUGGUGAAAUUUUCGGUGCAUAUCUAACUGCCUCAAGCUCUGCUCUCUGGGCUGAUAAAGCUAUAGCAACUUAAUUAUGUCUACUUCUGGUUUGUCUGGACUAUGAAAAUAUACAGCAAAACCUAUGUGAUAUUUACUGUCUUCUUAGUUUCUAACUCCUUUAACAUACAUAUAAAGAGGGUAUGUGCUAAAGUCCAAAAUGAAAGGUGACUUGGGAGCUUUGCCCAUUUCCUCUGUACAGUGAUGUGGUAUUCCACCAUACAGUGCAUGUUGUAACAAGUAAUAGUUAUUGCCCACAUCUACUGUUACAUGUCUUUGCUCAAAAGACAAAAGCCAUUUUUUCAAAUCUGCUUUGACUAAUUGCCUUGUGAGUGAUGGAAUAUAACUGGAUUUUGAUUGCAUGAUGAGGUAUCUGUACAAUGAUAGGUGCAAUUGUGUAUAUAUUCUGAUUGUUUGGGAUCCCAGUGGUGUGCUGAUAUUGGCCCUAUGCAAGGAUGGAAACCUCUUUCCACUGGUGUAAGCAUACAACUGAAAAAUGUCACAGGUCUUAGUAUAGUUUGCAUACCCUUGACUGUCAUGUGACCACUGUUGCAGUAACAAUACAGAAAUACUGUCUUUGUUUGUUGCUGUCUGUAAAUAGAAUGGAUGUGACAUAUCUAGAAUUAUCAGUUCUGUAAUGGUAGCUAAUGCUUCAUCAAAUUUACUGCUCUGCCUGUAUCAUAUGUCCAUUGAACUGAAUCAGAACCUGAUGAUAUGUUUUGAGUAAUUUAUACAGAUGACCUGAAAUGCAAGCAUAAUCUUCUGUAAAUUCCAUUAUAGCUCAUCACUCCUAGAAUUUUUUUCUAAGUCAUUUACGGUUUGGUAAUGGCAUCUGUAAAAUGGAUAGCACUCUUUCUUUACAAGGUAUUCUAACAUUUGAUUGGAUAGUAAUGCCUAAGAACUUACAUGAUUUCUACAUAAGUUGCAGUUUUCCAGCUAUACCUUGAAACCAGCAUUCUACAAAAAUGCUGAAAUUUCCUGCAAUAACUGCAGAUGUUCUUCCUGGGUUUCUGUUUGAAUUAAAAUAUCUUUGUACUGCAGAACUGUAUCUGCCAUUGUUACUGGACAUGAGGCCUUAGCUAGAGCUUGAUGGAAAAAAUAAAGCUGUUAUGAAACCCC